UGAGAAUAACCCAAGCAUGAUCGAUCUGCUCCAUGAAUAAUUGAAGAGAGAUGUGUUUUGGAGAGUUCUGUUCUCAGCCCAGCCAAGCCCAGCUCUCCUACAAUGAUUUCUCUUUCUACUCCUGCUUGUGACACAGGGCAGCAGUUUCCUGCAGUGCACCUCUCGCAUAGUAAAUCUGAUGUACAUCCGGGACAGUGUAAACACUGAUGACUCGAAAAAGGCUCUCAGUGGGAGAGGGGUAGAGAGGAGUCGGUUAUCUAAUAUAACUUUGCGCUGGCUGCUCCUGCCGCUGCUAACGACGAUACUCCUAUAUUCCAUUUCUGGGCUCAGGAACAUUUAGCGCGACAGGAGGAAGGAAUAACCAGAGCAGGGCUUUGAAUCAUAUGCCUAACCUAUCGACCCAGCUGAGCACACCUCCUCUCCUCUGUGAAUGCACUCACUUGCAGCAUGGACUCCGCAGGGGAAAGAGAGGAAGGGUGGAUGGAAGACCAGUGGGAGAAAUGGGACUAAACAGGGCAAUAGAUGCUUUGGCAGGACAAAUCCCUCUUUCCCGAUUGGUGUGGAGGUUGACCCAUGACAUCAGCCUGAAUGAGUUUGAAGAUGACGACUUGUCUGAGAUCACUGAGAUCACAGAUGAGUGUGGGAUGAGUCUCAACUAUAUGGGCCUAGAGAUUAAGGGCUGUGUGAGGCAGGGGACCAAUAGUGGGGUGGGGAAGGAGGAGCUGGGUGCUGUCGGCCAGCUCCAGGCCGAGAUGCUCCAUUUGGAUCUGAUCGACGGGGCCGAUGGUUACCGCGAUGACAAGGAGUCAUCUAAGCCAUCUUCCACAGCACCCCUGCCAGUAACCGAGGACCCCCCUCUAGUAACCAUGAAUAUAUACCGGCCAAAGAGACCCACGACCCUUAACCUUUUCCCCAUGGUGCCACGCACUCAGGACACAUUAAACAACAACUCAUUUGGUAAGAAGUACAGCUGGCAGGAGAAGGUCUCGCUCUCAUCCUCCCCCCUCAAAACAGGCGGGCUGAUCUCUCCCCAUGAGCACAGCUGUCUAAGUGACGAGGACAAGCUGCAGCACGGAGGUGGGACGCAGACCAAGGACCGCGGCACAUCCACUGACACUCCCUGCAGAUACAAACACACCUCUGGACACACCGAGAGCUCCACAGCGGGGACACGCUCCAAACUGCCGGAUAAGCCCCCAGCACCCCCGCCUCCCCAAAACUACACACUCGCACCUCUGGGCCCCCCAGGGACACACAGAGAGAAGAUCCGCUAUCACACAGAUGUACGCCUAGAACCCACCGAGGAGAUCUAUCUGACUCCCGUGCACCGUUCCGAGCAGGACCACCCAUUCCUGUCCCAGCAGCCAGAGCACGGACGCAUGUCAAUCAGCUCUGACAACGAGGGCCCGCCCCCUUACCAGCCUCUGCCCGACCGGACCAACCCUUCCAUUUGUGAGGAGGAUGAGGUUUACAUGCCCCCUCCCUCCUACACCUCCUAUGUGGAGGCUCUCUUCACCCCUCCCUCUACCGCCCCCCCCAUGGAACCCCCAGGCUUAGCCCUGAACCUCGGCCUGAGGGAAGGAGGAGCAGGGGCGAUGGUGAGGGCAGGGGCAGGGGUGGAGUAUGUAGAUGCCCAAGAUGAGACAUUUGGGGUAGAGGGUGAGGAUGAGAGGGUAAGGGUUGUGGGAGGCAGGCAGUAUUUGGGACGUGGUGGCUGUGGUGCCCCCACGAGUACUUUGAUGAGCUCGGAAGCGAGUGGUCUGUCUUACGACUCUGUGAAGUACACACUCGUUGUGGACGAGCACGCGCAGCUUGAACUGGUAAGUCUGAGGCAGUGUUACCAAUGUUACAGCGACGACAGCAACUCUGCGACCGUCUACGACAACUGCAUCUCGUCUCCGUAUGAGUCGGCCAUAGGGGAGAAGUAUAAGGAGGAAGAGGAAGAAGAGAAAGAGGAGGUGGAGGAGGAGGAGGAGGAGGUGGAGGAGGAGGAGGAGGAGGAGGAGGAGGAGAGAGUGAGAGUGGGAGGGGUGAGGAGAGAAGCCCCCGCCUGUCUGUCAGAGGACUCCACCCCGGAGGCGAACUUGCACUUCUCUAAGAAGUUCCUCAACAUCUUCAUGAACGGACGGUCACGAUCAUCUAGUGCAGAGCCGUUUGGCUUGUUCUCCUGCCUCAUAAAUGGGGAAGAGAGGGAACAGAGUCACAGAGCCGUCUACAGGUUUGUCCCUCGCCAUGAUGAUGAGCUGGAGUUGGAGGUUGAUGACCCUGUACUGGUGGAGGUACAAGCAGAGGAUUACUGGUACGAAGGCUAUAACAUGCGUACAGGCACCUGCGGCAUCUUCCCUGCUUACUACGCCAUAGAGGUCGCCAAGGAGCCAGAGAGCUUCAAAGUGAAGAGCAGUGACUGGGUAGACCGGUACCACAUGAAAUUCCUGGGCUCGGUCCAAGUACCCUACCACAAAGGCAACGAUGUUCUGUGUGCAGCUAUGCAGAAGAUUGCCACCAAUAGGAGGAUGACAGUGCAGUAUAACCCACCUUCGUCUUGUAUCCUUGAGAUCAACGUGAAAGGCGUGAAGCUCCUAGUCCAGGAUGACUACUAUGCCUCUGACAAAAGUAACCAGUGCAGCCACUUCUUCCAGUUGAAGAAUGUUUCCUUCUGUGGAUAUCACCCUAAGAACAACAAGUACUUUGGCUUCAUCACAAAACACCCAGCUGACCAGAGAUUUGCCUGUCAUGUGUUUGUGUCUGAAGAUUCUACUAAACCCCUGGCAGAGUCUGUUGGGAAAGCCUUCCAGUUGUACUAUAAGGAAUUUGUAGAUUGCUCCUGUCCGACAGAGGAUAUUUACCUGGAAUAGCACCAACCCCGCCUUCCACCACAACCUUGUACAUUACAGUGUAACAUAACAUAAUGUUGCAUGACAGAGAAAACAAUUCUAACAAAUGUGAACUAAUAAAUUUGACAAAAAGAUGGAGAGAGAGAAAGAAGGAGAGGUACUGGUGACUAAUGUUUGUCCAAAGAUUUUAAACAGUAUGAAGAUUGAACAUGUCAUUGAUCGAAACAUAGUGGAGAUAUUGAAGAGGGGGUCCCAAAAUAUGUAAAAUGGAGUCACUGAUGAGGGAAUUAAUGUGCCACUCAAGCACAAUGCUCAGAUCAUAGUGACCAUGGGCCUCAUUUAUAAACGUUGCGUAGACACAAAAUAAGGCGUACACCACUUUCUAAGCAAACUUUGGGAUUUCUAAAAAACAAACUUGACGGGAGAAUGUGCAGUUCUCCAUGGACACUUUGACACAUACGUAUGCACAUAAACUGGAGAAAUUAGAAACUGUGACUCCGAUGGCAGAAGGAUGAAACUCGAGAAAUGCUUUAAAAUUGAUACCAUUGUGUAAAAUAAAUUGAAAUAUUACCUCCCAUGUUUUAUAUAUGAAGAGUUCUCUGGAAAAAAACAAAACAUGAUUUAGGAUAAUAAAUACAAAUAGAGAUAUCUGUUUUUGCAAAAUAACCCCUCAAAUAUGUUGUAUAGUUUAAUCGGGAAUCAUAUUUAAUUGGAUCUGUAAUUAUUAAACAAUACUUGCAUGUUAUGAAAUGUAUUCUCAUAAAUAAUAAGGUGAACAGUAGGACAAAUUACGUUUAAACUGAUGCCGUUUUCAAUGCCUCAGUCUGGUAGAUACCAGUGCACAGUUUCAUAUAUUUACAUUACAUUUAAGUCAUUUAGCAGACGCUCUUAUCCAGAGCGACUUACAAAUUGGUGCAUUCACCUUAUGGCAUCCAGUGGAACAGCCACUGUACAAUAGUGCAUCUAAAUCUUUUAAGGGGGGGGGGUGAGAAGGAUUACUUUAUCCUAUCCUAGGUAUUCCUUAAAGAGGUGGGGUUUCAGGUGUCUCCGGAAGGUGGUGAUUGACUCCGCUGUCCUGGCGUCGUGAGGGAGUGUGUUCCACCAUUGGGGAGCCAGAGCAGCGAACAGUUUUGACUGGGCUGAGCGGGAACUGUACUUCCUCAGUGGUAGGGAGGCGAGCAGGCCAGAGGUGGAUGAACGCAGUGCCCUUGUUUGGGUGUAGGGCCUGAUCAGAGCCUGGAGGUACUGAGGUGCCGUUCCCCUCACAGCUCCGUAGGCAAGCACCAUGGUCUUGUAGCGGAUGCGAGCUUCAACUGGAAGCCAGUGGAGAGAGCGGAGGAGCGGGGUGACGUGAGAGAACUUGGGAAGGUUGAACACCAGACGGGCUGCGGCGUUCAUAUGUUCGUUGCACAGAACUGUCAAUGUGAAAAUGGCCCUGUCAUUGUCAGUUACAAUCAGGGUAAUUACCACACCUGAAGGUGUUACACCAUUGGGUGGCUUUGACAAUCAAAUGGGGGGGUAUAAACAGGCAUGCAAUUCCAAUGCUUAAUGACUCACAUUGGCUGCUUUGGCACUGUUGGAAGAUUUGGCGAAUGGAAGAAUUCGGAGAGAGUGAAUUUUCAGAGACCAGACAGAUUUACUGGAAAAUGAUGAAGAGUGGCUUAUUAGCCGGUUCUGAUUACCGAGAGCUGUUCUCUUGGAUCUCUGUGCUGUAGUAGGCCCAGCUUUACAGAGAAGCACCUGCAGAAACCAAGCCGUGCCUGUCCCACAUCAACUCCUUGAUAACAUCGUUAAUAGCGUUGAUGGUGUCUCUUCGCAUUUGCAGGACUGCAUCUGUGAGGAAAUGGCCACUGGAGGGUUGUGACGCAUGAGGUACAGUGGAGACGCUGAGGCUGGUCGCACUCAGCUCCUGCUCAGCUGUAGCUCCACCGACCCCACAGGGACAAACGGCGACUAAAAACAAUCGAAAAUGUCACAAUUGUUUGUGUAAAUAAAUAAAGUAUUUGGUCAAUAACAAACGUUUAUCUCCCUUUGUUGGCAAUGAGAGGUCAAACGUUUUCUGUAAGUCUUCACAAGGUUUUCACACAGUGUUGCUGGUAUUUUGGCCCAUUGUUCCCUGCAGAUCUCCUCUAGAGCAGUGAUGUUUUGGGGCUGUUGCUGGGCAACACGGACUUUCAACUCCCUCCAAAGAUUUUCUAUGGGGUUGAGAUCUGGAAACUGGCUAGGCCACUCCAGGACCUUAAAACACUUCUUACGAAGCCACUCCUUCGUUGCCCGGGCGGUGUGUUUGGGAUCAUUUUCAUGCUGAAAGACCCAGCCACGUUUCAUCUUCAUUGCCCUUGCUGAUGGAAGGAGGUUUUCACUCAAAAUCUCAUGAUACAUGGCCCCAUUCAUUCUUUCCUUUACAUGGAUCAGUCGUCCUGGUCCCUUUGCAGAAGAACAGCCCCAAAGCAUGAUGUUUCCAUCCCCAUGCUUCACAGUAGGUAUGGUGUUCUUUGGAUGCAACUCAGCAUUCUUUGUCCUCCAAACACGACGAGUUGAGUUUUACCAAAAAGUUAUAUUUUGGUUUCAUCUGACCAUAUGACAUUCUCCCAAUCUUAUUCUGGAUCAUCCAAAUGCUCUCAAGCAAACUUCAGACGGGCCUGGACAUGUACUGGCUUAUUAAAGCAGGGGGACACGUCUGACACUGCAGGAUUUGAGUUCCUGGCGGCGUAGUGUGUUACUGAUGGUAGGCUUUGUUACUUUGGUCCCAGCUCUCUGCAGGUCAUUCACUAGGUCCCCCCGUGUGGUUCUAGGAUUUUUGCUCACCAUUCUUGUGAUAAUUUUGACCCCACGGGGUGAGAUCUUGCGUGGAGCCCCAGAUCGAGGGAGAUUAUCAGUGGUCUUGUAUGUCUUCCAUUUCCUAAUAAUUGCUCCCACAGUUGAUUUCUUCAAACCAAGCUGCUUACCAAUUGCAGAUUCAGUCUUCCCAGCCUGGUGCAGGUCUACAAUUUUGUUUCUGGCGUCCUUUGACAGCUCUUUGGUCUUGGCCAUAGUGGAGUUUGACUGUUUGAGGUUGUGGACAGGUGUCGUUUAUACUGAUAACAAGUCCAAAUAGGUGCCAUUAAUACAGGUAACGAGUGGAGGACAGAGGAGCCUCUUAAUGAAGAAGUUACAGGUCUGUGAGAGCCAGAAAUCUUACUUGUUUGUAGGUGACCAAAUACUUAUUUUCCACCAUAAUUUGCAAAUAAAUUCAUAAAAAAUCCUACAAUGUGAUUUUCUGGAUUUUUCUUCUUCUCAUUUUGUCUGUCAUAGUUGAAGUGUACCUAUUAGGAAAAUUACAGGCCUCUCUCGUCUUUUUAAGUGGGGGAACUUGCACAAUUGGUGGCUGACGAAAUACUUUUUUGCCCCACUGUACCUGGAUCAUCCGGUGCGUCUUGCAUGUCCGUGUCCCCCUCCGUCACUACUCCACUCAGGAGGGAUAUCCCUAUAAUACUGGCAAGUCGCUCAUCAAGGAGCAAGGGGAUUGGCCUCCACUUCUAUGUCUGACCACUUCUUUUUUUAUUUCUGAGAAAGCCCGACCUUCUGAGCCAGCAGCAUUCACAGCGUCCGCCAUAUGCUGCCACUAUAACGCCUUUUUGGCAUUUGUAAUUCCCACACUGUGUCCACCAAACAAUAUAUGUUUUCUUGCUUCAACCUCCCCUACAAGAAUCUCCAUUCCACACUGGAUGAAUUUUUUUUUUUUUGCCUUUCUGUCAGGAUUUGUUGUCAUUGUUGUCAUGCAGUUAGUAUGGAUUAAUAUUAAUUAGGAACGUUUCACUGACUAUUUAUAGGCAACCAUGGGCGUUAAAAGGGUGGGACAAGACGCUCGCACACGUGCGCCAAAUUUCGAGUUGAUAGUGAUAUAUACAGGGAAACAGGUGUGGGACGUGCGUGCGCAUUGUGGUAUAAAUCUGAAUAUUUUUGCGCAUAAGCACUUUCUGUGUUUCUCCGUACGCCACCUUUUGACGUGAAUCAUCCGCACAGUUUUAUAAAUGAGGCCCCUGAACUGGAGUAUUCUAAGACUAAUCUUUGUGAAUUUAGAGCUUGAAUCCCAGGUAGAACACUGGGCUUUGUGGACUUGGUGAACCGAAGAAAGACCAAUAGUCGCUAAGGUAAAAGCAAAUGGAGGUCAGGGAAAAUAAAUCAAUAAAUGAAUGAAGAUCUUGUUAAAUUACUAGUAUUUGAGUAUUCUAAUCCCUAAUUCUAUGGAAUCUCGAAUGUUGGUGUGCUACAUUGUGUGAGGAAAACAGUGAUUCUCCAUGAGCUAAUGGUGCAGUGUGUUUGGGGAGGGUGAUAAGGCCUCACUGGAGAGUUCUGUGGUCUAAGGUAACUAACGAUCUAAAAUCAGAUUACCCUACCCCAUCCUUUACAAUUAAGGGGAUGACAAAUGAUCUGGCAAAUUAUCAGUGGCUCACACUGUUACUUAUUUUCCAUGUGUUUGUUCCCCCUAAACCAAAAACAAGUAAGCAUUAGGGUCACACUGUUGACCAGGAAUAGUGUCUUUAACAUCUAUCUGGUACACUGUCAGAACCCUCAAAUAUAUUCACAUUAAGGAAUCAAGAGCAAACUUUUGAAACAGGGGUUCCUACCAAUAAAAGCACUCACACUGUUUUCUGUUUGAAAAUGCUUCCGUUUGUUUUUUCUGAACAUGACCCUAGAUAUUAUUUGAUUUGUGGGAAGACUGAUUCUUGUUAAAUCAUUAAGGGUACACUCCUUAAUUGAAUAUAAUUGUAUUGUAUUGUAAUUAUAUUACCAGAAACAAGGAGAUGGACGACAGAGUUUCCAGUCAACCGCUUUGGCUUGCUUUUAAAGGUAGUUUUAGUCUUCUAAUUUGCAGGAAGGGUCACUGUGGACUGCCUCAUAGUUCUUCUCAUGCUCAGUUUCAACAUGAAAUGAGAGUUCAUAUUGAGAGUUCAGAUGGGGUUGCCAUUCAGAUAACUGGGUAUAGGAUAAGGAUGCUUACUCAAGCUGUAGAGACAGCAGGAGUGGUAGAGAUACUUUUAAUUGUAAUAUUUGUGUUGUGGAGAAAUGACCAGGCAGGAGACGGGAGUACAGUUAGUUUUCGUUUAGUCAAAACCCCUCGUGCUCUACAGUUCCCGGCACCCUAGUGCGCAUGUGCAUUUCCUAUUAGGUGUAAUGAGGUAACACUGCUGUAAUACAUUACUGCUUAGUAACAGCAUAGUAACUAAUCUAAACAGAUGUAGAUCCCAGAUACUACAGUAAUGAUCGGCUAUGAAAAGCCAACUGACAUUUACUCUUGAGGUGCUGACUUGCUGCACCCUCGACAACUAGUGUGAUUAUUAUUAUUUGACCAUGCUGGUCAUUUAUGAACACUUGAACAUCUUGGCCAUGUUCUCUUAUAAUCUUCACCCGGCACAGCCAGAAGAGGACUGGCCACCCAUCAUAGCCUGGUUCCUCUCUAGGUUUCCUCCUAGGUUUUGGCCUUUCUAGGGAGUUUUUCCUAGCCAAUAUGCUUCAACACCUGCAUUGCUUGCUGUUUGGGGUUUUAGGCUGGGUUUCUGUACAGCACUUUGAGAUAUCAGCUGAUGUACAAAGGGCUAUAUAACUAGAUUUUAUUUUAUUUGAUCUGUUACCCUGGUAACAUAAAAGGGAAUUACCUCUGACCCUCACAAAAAGAAAAUGAAAGGUGAAGUGUAUAGGAAAUGCAUGAUGGGAGAUGUAGUUUUAAAGGUAGUGCCUGACUAGGAAUUACAAGGCAGGGGGAGGGUGGUAUCUUUUACAAGUAGUGCCUCUAUGAAGGAUCACUGUUGUAACUACUAUGUCAUUUAGAUUUAACACAAUGUGUGUUGAUAGGAGAGGUUGAAAAAAGGCUGUUUUUGUGGAGGAGAUAUCAUGUGUGUUGAGAUGGUAAGAAAUUAAUAAAGUAAGACUAGAUCAAGGAUCAACAUAAUAAGAUAGGAAUGGAAAUGGCCAACUCCUGGCCACAGGUUUGUGCCUGGAAACAAUGGCCUGGUCUGAAACCAACCAAUUGCUCAUACCCAUUUGAUGCUUGUAGAUUCUGAUAGAACCAGAGGUGUUUUUUAUACCUUAAGUUCACUGGAAGGCUAGGUGGAGCCAUCCCCCUAUUGCCUACACCUUUCCAGUCUUCAGAUUUGCCAUCACAGAAGGGGUAGGGAUUAGGGAAAAGGGCAAAUAAUUGUAUUGUGUGGCUUUCUGACACAGUGAUUUAUAAUGUGGCUUCCACAGAAUCACAUUCUAACAAGAACUUGUAGCACAAUGUAUUGUUUAUAAGAACUGUAAUUAACUGAACAUGUAAAACAUUGUGAGAAUGAAUGCUUGUAAAAUGGGUGUCUCUAACUUAUGAAAUCAUGGGAUAUGAAACCACGUUCAUUCUACCACCUGUCAAGCAUCUUCCUAUGAAUAGUGACAUGUAUUUCCAAGUCACAAGUUUACAUUUUAUCUUCAUCAUUCCUAUUUUUCUUCUGAGCCAAGAAACAAAGGCCAAAAUUCAGAUCAGAUCUGCCUUAAACCAUGAUAAAUGACAAUUGCAUAGCAUAUCAUUGUUUUUUUCUGUUGUGUGUUGUAAUCUACACCUUGAUUAGGCUGAUAUAAAUCCGUAUUAUUUUAUAUAGCCUACACUUUCACAUUCGGAACUUCUAACACAGGUGGGACUGGUGUGACAAUGACCUCAAGAGCAGCCAUUCGCCAUUUGACAGCUCCAACGCAGAACACCUGUAACAUCGCCUAAACAAAAAUAAUUAUAUGCAAUGCAGUCUGUCGGCUAUUGCAGGUUAAGGCGAAUCUGAUUGAAUCAUGCUUGAUUUUUACGACAUUCUCCGGGAAUACUUCUAAUUUCAGUCCCCAAACAGUCAUUCUGGCCACUAUGAGGAAAUCAAGUAAAGGUUAUAAAAAAGUGUACAGAUAUGCCAUAUAUACAUAAAUAUAUUGUAAUUACAAAUGUUACACUGUACCAAUUCUUACUGUAGUAAUUUGAAUUAUUUUUGAUUUAUUUUUAAGUGUGAAUUGUAAUAUUUAUUUAAAAUGUUCAAUGCAG